GAGUACAAGCGUGGGAGUUCAGGGAAUCGACUGAAGACAUGAAGCGUCUAAGAGACGGAAGGCAAGCUCGGCCCCUAGGGGCAAAUGGUGAUGCGACGGGACACCCUAGCGGAGACCAGCUGCCUGAAGUCCCGGCACCUGCCGACGAACCAACGACAAACCGGGCUCGCGGCUGGAUCGUCGACCCCAAUGGGCCAUCCGCCUCCCGUCAAGCCCAGCUGAGGCGGGUCGGAGAGGCGACACUUCGACAACCGGACAGGAUGCCAUGGGGCCAGCGCGUGGCAGCCAUCCAAGGGUGGAUCGACCGACAAACCCAGGACCCGGGGACCGACACCGAAGAGGAAGUAGAGCCCGAGGGCCGCUUCGCAACCGCAGGUGCCCGCUCGGCGCCCAAUCACGACGUCGCCGCCCUGAAUCGCCGUUGGUUCGGGAGUUAUGGGGCUGCCAUCGACGACGACAACGCGACAACGGACACCGACGAGCACGAGACGAUAAUACGCGACGCUCAAAGCCUGGCGUCCACGCUGUAGAAGUAUGGAGUUGGAGUAUGGCGAGAUGGCCGACCUGCUGCAGAUCCUCCGACUCCACCCUACGGUAGCCGCGGUGCAGGACGACCCGGAAUGGGCAGAGGCUCCCCCGAAUGGCGGACCAACGCGCCA